AUGUACUACCUGCUCAAGCAUCCCGAGACGUACCGCAAGGCGCGCGAGGAGGCGGACAAGCUCAUCGCCGAGGCGGACGGCAACAUGCUAAACCUCAACAUCUCCAAAGCGCGCUACAUUGACUGGGUGCUGAAGGAGGCGCUGCGUCUCCUCCCAACCGCGCCAGGAUGGGGCGUCGAGCCGCGCAACGGCGACGAGGUACUGCCUGGCGGGUACGUGCUGAAGAAGGGCUCGGGCGUCAUGGUCAUGGGCUGGCUGCUGCACCGCGACAAGACGGUGUGGGGCGAGGACGCAUACGACUGGCGCCCAGAGCGCUGGGAGCAUCUCGACGAUCUGGACCAGGCCGCAUUCCGGCCCUUCGGCAACGGCGCACGCGCGUGCAUUGGCCGCACAUUUGCCAUGAUGGAGGGCGUGCUCGCGCUCAUCAUGAUUCUGCACCGCUUCGACGUCGAGUUUGCCGAUCCCGGCUACGAGCUCGAUAUCCAGGAAUCGCUCACGAUCAAGCCGCGUGGCAUGAAGGUGGUUGCCAAGCCGCGCUUCAGCCGCAACCAGAGCCUCUUGACAGAGCUCGCGGGCAGCACCCGGCCCUCCAAGGCGGCGACAAAGACCAAGAAGCGGGCAAACGCCGGUAGCGGGGUGCCUGUCAACAUUCUGUACGGGUCCAACGCGGGCACGUGCCAGACGUUUGCGAAUGAGAUGGCCGAGGAAGCGGCUGCGCGCGGGCUGAAGCCCUUCGUCGGUGCGCUCGACACCGUGGCCGGCGACGGCGUGCUCCCGAGCGAUGGCGCGACCAUCAUCUUCGUGCCGUCGUACGAAGGGCAGCCGCCAGACAAUGCCCGCGAGUUUGUGCAGUCCCUCCAGCGUCUGGCCGAUAAGCCCCUCACCAAUGCCUCAUACAUGGUCAUGGGGCUCGGGCACAAGGACUGGACGACGUCCUUCCACCGCAUCCCGAAGCUCGUUGACGAGCGACUCGAGGCACUCGGCGCGAAGCGUCUGCUGCCCCUCACUGUCGCCGACGUCUCGGGCGACGCGACCGGCGAGGUCGAGGCGUACCUCGAGACAGUCUGGGAUGUGCUCGGAGUCGCGGGCGUCGAGGGCCAGACGACCGAGGUGCUCGACGUCGAGGUGCUCCCAGCGUCGGCCAACGCGGCGAUUGCCGAGGGCUACAGCUUUGGGACGGUGCUCGAGCAGCGCACAAUCCUGCCUGCGUCCGAGUCGCACCCGUGGACCGUCCACACCGUCGUCAAGAUUCCCGAGGGCCAGUCGUAUCGCGUCGGCGACUACCUGUGCGUCAUGCCAAAGAACCCAGAGGCAUCAGUACAGCGCGCCCUGCGCGUCAGUGGCCUCGACGCGAACGACGUUGUCAAAUGGGGAUCCUUGACUGUGCGCGCGCAGGACUUGUUCACUUCCUACGUCGAGCUCGGACACACGGCGCCGCGCUCUCUGCUCCCGCCCACAAUCAGCUACGAGGAGGCCCGCGCGCAGCACUACACCAUCCUGGACCUGAUGCAGGACACGCAUUUGCCUUUGAGCGUCAUGCUCGCGUCGCUCCCGCGCAUGAAGCCACGGCACUACUCCAUCUCGUCGCGUCCCGGCGACACGGCCACGAUCACGUACACUGUGCACACGGCAAACGCCGGCGCCGUCCUCGGCGUCAGCUCCAACUAUCUCGCGCACCUGCAGCCGGGCCAGCAACUGCAGUGCACGACCAAGCCGAGCCCCGGAUUCCACCUCCCCGACCCCUCUGUCCCGAUCGCCAUGUUUGCGGCAGGAUCGGGCAUUGCGCCGUUCAUGGCAUUCAUUGCCGAGCGCGCAGCGACGGGCGGCGCCAUGACGCUGUGGUAUGGGUGCCGCUCGGCGGCAGACCUGCCAUACGCGGAGGAGCUGGUGCAGUGGGCGCGCUCGGGGGUGCUCGACCUGCGACUCAGCUUCUCCCGCUCAGACGUUGCAGAGUUUCAAGGCCUCCCCGUGUCUAAGGGCUACGUCCAGGACCGCGUUGCUGUGGAGAAGGCAGACUUCUUGCGUCUGGUAGACGGCGGUGCGCAGUUCUUCGUGUGCGGAAGCAGCAACAGGCUGGGAUCUGGGCUGAAAAAGACCAUCAUUUCGAUUCUUGAUGAGUGCGGUGAUGGGGCGGCGCUGAUGGACGAACUGGCGAAGAAGCGAUACAAGACGGACGUUUUCCUGUAG